UUUUUUUUUUUUUUUUUGAAAAAUCUUAGUCUCUUUUCUUCUUUUUUUAUAAUGGCAUUCUUUGGUCACUUAGCAACGUUUUUUACUUUUGCAGCACUUGUAUUAGAAGUGUUUACCAUGAUUGGUAAUACAUACAACCGAGCAUUUCUACACUCGUUGUAUUUUGCAACAUUGAAUAUCAAAGAUCAAUUUGUUACGUUUGGUUUAUGGUCCUAUUGUUCUGGCACAGGAUCAAAUGUCAAUUUUUGCUCUCAUCCAGUUCCUGCUUUUGAUUGGAGUCAGGCAAAUGGCGUGCAGAGUGUUAUUGGUGAUAUGCACAACAUGGAUCGAGUAUUCCUUGCCAACUUCAUUCUCUAUUGGAUUGCUUUGGGCUUAACUCUUAUUGCGCUCAUCGUUACCGUUUUGAGUAGCUUUAGACGAGGUCCUGAUUUCUGUGCAGCCAUUGCGACCUUUUUUGCAUUCGUUGUCAUGUUGGCCGUCUUUGUCAUCGUUCUCGUAAUCUCUAUUCGAGGCAUCAAUAUCGCCAAGGGAACCAACUCAGACAUCCAGGGUAGUUUAGGACCUGCCACAUGGAUGACUCUGGGUGCAUUUGUGGCUCUAUUAUUUUCUUCUAUUUCCUACUGCUUUGCUUGCAUCUUUGGCCCCGGCAGAAUUCGCUCUCAGGACAAGGUUUAAGCACUCUUUGCGUACUAUAUUUAUACACCUUCCUACCUAUUUGUACUAUAUCGAUUAUAUUUGCUAAUAUCACUAUUAUUAUAAUUAUUCCCUUAAUAAAUUCCUAUUUACUUAAUAGUCUAUAAACAAAACAUGAGGCACAUGAUGACACCACCGAAGUGCAUUAAAAAGGGCUGGCGAUAACCAGCCC